AUGCACACAACAAAGCUACUAUUAAUACUAUUACCAGCAUUACUAUCAGCUGCCCCCAACCCUAAACCUGACCCGCGGGCUCAUGGAGACUCAUCAGAUCCAACCAAUAUUCAAGUCCAAACACUGAAUGGACCUGUAGUAGGAUUCGUUGAGAAAUUGGACGCCAUUAACAGAAGACGAGGCCCAAUUGAAGAGGCUAACAUCUUCUUGGGAGUACCUUUCGCUAAGCCUCCAGUUGGUACUCUUAGGUUUGAGGUAAGCGCUUAUGAGUUUAUUGUUAGGUUUAUAAAAAGAAAAGCUGAAGUUUACUGGUUUCAUUUUGAACUUAAAAUAAGAUUUCUUGUACGGUUAUGUACUUUUAGUACCAUUUCUAACUUGAGUUUCGUUUUAUUUUGAUAAAACCAACCGUUUUUGAAAAUUUCAAACUGCGCCCUUGAUGCUGCAGCCUGCAGAUUCAAAAAGUCACUUUAAAGGCAUAAUUUGAACAAAAAUCUACAAAAAAUUAAAAGCAAACUUGAAAAACUAUAUCAACUACUCAAUUUAAAAAAUAUUUGUUUGUUGUUAUCUCAUUUCCAAGCUUUACACCACAAAAACCCAUAACAAUAUUUAAAAUUUUCAAGAAUUAAACAUCACGUCGAAACGUUCUCCGACUUUAAAGUUCAGUCGAUGAUUUUUCGAUAUAUUUUUGACAAAUUCAUCAUGUUUGUAGUUUCGGAAAACUUGUUAUGACAGCGUUCUUCAUAUAGUUUAUGACCAGAACUUUCUGGAAAGCCCCAAAAUAACAAAAAAUUUAAAACUUUUGAGACGUUAAAGUACAUUACAGCGAUCCUUACGGACGUUAAGGGAUUGCUGAAAUUGUGAUUGGUAAAAAACAGUAAAGUAAUUAAAACAUGACGCGAAAAUGAUUGCAAUUUGAUAUUGUUUUAGGCAAAACAUAACUUUAAGAUGAAACAAGUCGGAAAAAAACAAAAAUAAGUAACAUAGUUAAAUUAGGUUCAAGAAUACAAUAUCAGUUACAUUUUUCAGUAUUAUUAGUUACUUUUUUAUUAAUUUACUUCAAUCUUUCUUCAUGUUGUCAACAGUUGACAAAAAAAUAAGUCAGAGAAAAACUUGACUCACAUCAAGUUUCUGUCGAUUUUUCGACUAAAAAAGCUAGGAAACUACUUGUACAUUGACUAUGUUAUAACUAGUACUACAUGUUACUAUUGUUAGAUGUUGUUUUAAUUAUAUUUGUUGUUACAAUAAAUAUUUGAUUAAAAAACCGGGUAACACAACUUUUUACGCACCCUGUACAAUCUUCCAAAUACAAAAAUAAACUUUAAUAAUACAAUUUUUAUUUAAAAAAUUCAAAAACAUUCAAUUUCAGCGCCCGCUAGAGCCAGAAAACUGGACUGAACCCUUGGAGACCCUCGACUUCACCGCCGGCUGCGUUCCUCAUCAUCCAAUCGCUAGUUUCAACUACGACGAGGACUGUCUGUACCUAAAUGUGUUUGCUCCGCACAAGAAACCCGGCCCAGAAGGCUAUCCAGUCUUGGUUUUCAUUCACGGUGGCGGCUUCUGUUCCGGCUCGGCUUCACAGUUCGGAUUCACGAAUGUUUCUGACAAUUUCGUGUCCCAAGGUAUUGUAGUAGUGACGAUUCAGUAUAGACUGGGCAUGUUGGGAUUCCUGUCGAAUGGAGAUGGUGAUCUGCCUGGAAAUAUUGGGCUUUGGGAUCAACUUCAGGCUAUGAAGUGGGUCAACAAGAAUAUUGACCGAUUUGGAGGAAACAAGAAUAAGAUAACAUUGUGGGGACAAAGUGCUGGCAGUGUAUCGACUUCUAUGUUGUCUUUGAGCAAGCAUGGACGAGGUAAUUUAUUUUGAAAUUGAAAAAAAGCUAAAAGGACGAAAAAGAUAAAAUUUUAUAUUAACCAUGGUAGGAAAACUGAUUUUUGACAUUUCAAACAAAUAAAUUGGUUCUAAACUGUUAUAAAUACCUUAAAUAGGCUUUAUCUAUCAAAAGUUAUUAUAAAACAUAUUGUUUCAGGUCUAUUCCAACAAAUGAUCCUUCACAGCGGCUCUCCUUACGCUCACUGGGCUUCGAACGAACACGUUGUGGAAAUGUCGCGCGAUUUGGCCAAACAAGCCAACUGUCCCAUAGACGACUCUAUCAAGAUGAAGGAAUGCCUUCAAGACAUGGAUCUAUUUGAUAUUAUGGAUGCUGCUUCCGAAUUCCCACUGAUCCGUGAUCAAUUGGCCUUCUUGAACUACAAUCCUCGAAUGGACGGAGACUUUUUCGAAAAAGAUUACCCAGAGCUGUUGAAGGAUAUUCCCGAAAUGCCAACUUUGAUGGGAUUCAACACCCAUGAAGCUGUGUUCCUGACCAUUGAAUUCCCCAACUCUUUGAUGGCGUUCCGAGGAGGAUUGACGAUUCAUCCAGAACAAGAGAAGAACUAUACUAGACAGACCUUCAUCGACUUUAUUAGGAAUAAUGCGGCUAAGGGGGUUGAUGAACUGAAUCCAGAUGAUCAACAAUUGUUGGCUGAAGAGUUGAUCAAGUUUUACGACGAUGACUGGAAGAAUGAAAGUGAUUAUGGCCAUUAUUUGGAGCAAUAUUCAUUGGUAUGUUUUUAAAGCUAAAGUUUUAUGCUAUUUUUAGGUAAAAAAAGCAUGUUAUGGGAGUUUUUUUGCAAUUUUAUAGAGCAAAGUGCUCUCUAUACUUAGAUCUAAAAGUUGUUUUAUCAAGUUAUAGGUAUAAAAAGUUUUAAAGCUUAAUUUUUUGUCCACAUAUUGAUGAAAAGAACCUUAAUUUAUCUAUUUUUUGCCCUAAAAAAGCUGAUAAAAAGUUCAAAACGUUAAUGAUUAAUAUUUUCAGUUAGCCUCAGACGCCGCUUUCAUCGUGCCAAUCGUAUGGGAAGCCAAGAUCCGUGCUCUCCAAGGUUCACCUGUCUAUCUGUUCCAAUUCGAUCACGUCAACGCCGAACUUAAGAAGCAACUCCCCUUCCGUGCUGUGACCCACGCCGCUGAGUACCCAUACAUCUUUGGAAAUCACAUGUUUGGAACUUUUGAAUUUAACAAACAAGACCGCAAAGCCCAGAAGCGACUGGUCGAUACGUUUGCCAACUUUGUCAAGAAUGGCAAUCCAGACACGCCUCAAAUGAAAUGGCCUAAGGUGGAGCCGGGAAAGCCGAUUAAAAUGGGCGUGAUCAAGAGCGUGCCACAGAUCUCGGUGAGGAACGACGCGUUGAGAAGAGUCAACUUCUGGACGGACUUGGACAAAGACUUUGAAGUGGACAUCAUCAGAGGUGUGCACAAGGAGAAGAAGAUGGUUAUCAACAAUGCUGUCGAGGUUAAGAGGUUCAAGAAGUCUAAAAGCAAGGCUAGGGCUUGA